AAAAUCCAUAAAUGCCAGGAUGCUUUUUCCGGAGUAUGCAGGAUAAGCUGUUUGCAGGGCUUUUUCUCCCUCGUCACCUGCUGCCACCAGGGCUGGUUGCCCGUUGCUUGCCAGGGCCAAGCCAGAAUUUCUCCUCUGACACCCCUGGAGGCUGGCGCUUCUUGCUACGGCGCUGCUUGCCGGGGCUGACACUGUUUGCAGCUCCCCUUCCAACUGAGGUGGCCGAACCUGACGACGCCCCUGCUGAGAGCCAUGCUUGUUCAAGCCAACCUGGGGAUGUUGUCUGCUUCCGACUGCUUGUCCAAAGAAACCUUGUGGCACACGGAAGAGCUCUGAUCGGGCACCAGCGCUGCCCUGUGGUGACCCUCGACCCCGCGCCCAACCCGGCAACGCCACCCCUCUCCCCCCAGCCCUCCACCCUGGCCAGUAGCCGCUCUGAAAAGGGGUCGUCAUGGUCCAGCCGUUCACUGGGGGCCCGGUGCCGCAACUCCAUCGCCUCCUGUGCCGACGAGCAACCGCACAUUGGCAACUACCGCCUUCUCAAAACCAUCGGCAAGGGCAACUUUGCCAAGGUCAAGCUGGCACGCCACAUCCUGACGGGCAGAGAGGUGGCUAUCAAAAUUAUCGACAAGACUCAGCUGAAUCCAACAAGCCUCCAGAAGCUCUUCCGGGAAGUGAGGAUUAUGAAGGGUCUGAAUCACCCCAAUAUUGUGAAACUCUUUGAGGUGAUAGAAACGGAGAAGACCCUCUACCUGGUCAUGGAGUACGCCAGUGCUGGAGAAGUCUUUGACUACCUCGUUUCUCAUGGACGCAUGAAGGAGAAAGAAGCCAGGGCCAAGUUCAGACAGAUUGUCUCUGCUGUACACUAUUGUCACCAGAAGAACAUUGUGCACAGGGACCUGAAGGCUGAAAACCUCUUGCUGGAUGCCGAUGCCAACAUUAAAAUAGCGGACUUUGGGUUCAGCAACGAGUUCACACUGGGCUCCAAGCUGGACACGUUCUGUGGGAGCCCCCCUUACGCUGCCCCAGAACUCUUUCAAGGGAAGAAAUAUGAUGGGCCCGAGGUGGAUAUCUGGAGUCUGGGGGUGAUCCUCUACACACUGGUCAGCGGCUCCUUGCCCUUCGAUGGGCAGAACCUCAAGGAGCUGCGAGAGCGCGUCUUGCGUGGCAAGUAUCGUGUCCCGUUCUACAUGUCCACCGACUGUGAGAACAUCCUGAGGCGCUUCCUGGUGCUGAACCCUGCCAAGCGCUGCACCCUUGAGCAAAUUAUGAAGGAUAAGUGGAUCAAUAUUGGCUACGAGGGAGAUGAGCUGAAGCCAUACAAAGAGCCCGAAGAGGACUUUACGGACCCCAAGCGCAUUGAAGUGAUGGUGGGCAUGGGGUACACUCGUGAAGAGAUCAAGGAAGCUCUGACCAGCCAAAAAUACAAUGAGGUCACAGCUACCUACCUCCUGCUGGGCAGGAAGAAUGAGCAGGUGGAAGGGGGUGAGUCCCGGACAGGCAGCAGUCUCUCGCUAGCCCGGGUGCGGGCACCCAGCGAGAUCUCCAAUGGCACCAGCAAGUCCUCCUCACAUACCAAGAGCCAACGCAGCUCCUCCACUUAUCACCGGCAGCGGCGGCACAGCGAUUUCUGUGGUCCCUCACCUGUUCCCAUGCAUCCCAAGCGGAGCCCCACCAGCACUGGAGAUGGCGAGCUGAAGGAGGAGCGGAUGCCCUCGCGCAAGGCCAGCUGCAGCGUUGUCAGCAGUGGAAGAGGCCUCCCCCCCUCUAGCCCCAUGGUGAGCAGUGCCAACAACCCCAACAAGUCCGAGAUUCCCGAUCGCCGCAAGGAUAGUGUCGUAAACACGAACAACAUUCCUUCAAGUAUGAUGACCCGGAGGAACACAUACGUGUGCACAGAGAGGCCUGGCGGGGAUCGGCCCUCAUUGCUCCAAAACGGGAAGGAGAACAGCUCCAUUUCCAGCCGGGUGCCGCCAGCUUCCCCCUCCAGCCACAGUAUUGCCACCUCGUCCACGUCUUCAGACCGUACCCGGCUUUCACGUGGCACCAACAUCCGCAGCACCUUUCAUGGAGGACAGGUCCGAGACCGGCGUGGAACUGGCGUGCAGAAUGGGCCCCCCACCUCCCCGACGCUCUCUCACGAAGCCACCCCUCUGCCGCAGAGCCGGAGCCGGGCCACCUCCAAUCUCUUCAGCAAAAUCACAUCAAAGCUCACUCGGAGGGUCGCAGACGAACCUGAGAGAAUCAGGGGACCUGCGCUCACAAGUUGCAAUUUACCUUGGAAUCAAAAGGAAACAGAACCCCGGCUGCUCCGAUUUACCUGGAAUGUGAAGCUCACCAGCACCCGCCCCGCUGAGGCCAUCCUGGCUGCCCUGCACCAGGCCACAGACUCUGCCAACUGCUGCUGCCACCAGACGGAGCCCUUCGUCCUGUCCUGCACACAUGAGAAGAGCCCCAGCGAGCAGUACUGCUGCCUGGAGGUGGAGGUGUGCCGGCUGCAGAGGCUGGGCGGGCUCCACGGGGUGCUUUUCCGGCGCCAGGCCGGCACCUCACUGGCCUUCCGGGGCCUGGUGGCCAAGAUCACUGAUCUACUGCAACUCUAGGGCAUUGGAUGCUUUCCGCCGCAAUGCUCAACCCACAGGCUGGGGAACAGCGCUGGGGCGGGGCGGGGUGGGGGGGUGAUUCUCGACUGCCCACCCUAUCCUUACAGGGGCAGGACUUUGCUGGAACCUGACUCUGUUGUCCUGCAGAAACAGGAGCUGCUCUGGAGGGUCUGCGGAGUGGAGUGGGGGAGGGGAGGGGAGAGGAAACCCAGGGGGUUUGCUGUGAGGAGAUUUUCUCCCUGGCUUGCCCACAUUUCACGUGAGCCCACUUUGUGGCCACAGGAGAGAGGAGCCCAGGACUUCUUACCCAUUUCUCAAGCUCUAGAAGGGGAGAACGGGUGUGGCCGGGGAUGUUGGUGGCUGGGGGGAGGUCUUGUUGACCCUGCCCCCCCAACUCCAGCUUCUUCAUCCUACCCCACCAGUGAAGCCUCCGACCUUUUGGCCUUUGGGUUGGGGUCCCUGCACCCCUUCUCAGAGAGGGAAGAAGCAACGCUGCAUUGAUCAUUUCAUGUAAAUCAAAUGUCAAACUCAUUCAGUUUCAAACCAGAGCUGGUUUUUAUUUCGGCUUCUUCUGGGAUUCAGGUUUUGUGGGUGAGAUGUAAUUAUGGCCCCAGUUCUGGUUUAGCUCAGAUGGAGUUCCAACACCCCUCCCCUUCCUCUGGGUCACCCACCAGUUGUGCCAGACUCUCUUCUGAGUGGUCAAGGGCCCCUUGCCAAAGUGGGUUUGUAGUCAUGGCUCCGGGGAAAAUGGGUAGCAGGAGCUGAGGAGUACUGAGCCUAGUAGCUCAUGGGGUGUGUGUGUCUUGUUCUUCAUCCGUGAGGCUGCUAGCCUCUGGCUUGGGGGGCUCCAGUGGUGCUCUGCUUCUGUGGCAGGGGGAAUUUCUCCCCUGAAGAUGAUCAGACAGCUCCAGUCCAGUGGAAGAGCCUUCCGCUUCUGUUCCCAAUGAGUGGUUUCAACCUGGGCCAGCUCAAAGAUGCAUUUCAGCCCCUCUGAUCUAGCAGCCCCCAAAUGCUCAAAGAUCUUGUGGCAGCCCCCCCCCCCCUUUCCCAUCAUGUACCCCCAUUCCUGGACUCCAAAGCCCUGGUGCUGAGACCACACUCCAGAGGAGGCUGGACCUCCGGGGGGGCUGGUCCAAGGGCUUCAUCCGGUCAACAUCUUACAAGUUGGACACUCUCUUGGGACUGGCACACAUUAGCAGUGACUCUGCUCAGGAAUGAGGAAGGAGCAGAAGUGCCCACCUAUGGACAGGUAUCAGGCACGUCUCUUGAGCCCUGCUGCUGUGCCCGCCUCCUCUUCAUCAUCUGGAAACGUGGAGCUGGGAGUCACCAGCACAGAGGCCAAGCAGCCGGCAGCACCAAGGGGGGGGGGGGGGGCUGGUCUCGGAUGGUGGAGUGGCAGGUGAGCAGGAGAGGGGGGUGGAUGGACUGGAGCAAUCCUCUUCUGGGUGGGGCAGGGGUUGGGGGGGUUCAUGUAGAACUGGUCCCAGCUCAGCCCUUAACUGAUGAUGAUAAAUUUGGCAGCUGUGUGGGGAAAAUUGAGUGGGUUUCCUUCUUUCCCAUCUCCUUUUCCUUCCCCCUUUCCAUACACUCGCUCCCCCUUCUGUGAGCUGCACCCUCCCUGCCCCCCUUAUCCUGCCUGUUUGCCCCCCUCCCAUCUGUACAGAUCCCCCUGUAAAUAAUAGUCCGGUUAGUUCCUGUAUUAUUGGGUAGAGAUAUUCACGAGCGAGCCCAUUUGCCUUGGGGGGGGGGGGGUGUUGUCAGUUAUCCAGCCCCAGCGCAAAAGUCUGUACCAAACCCCUAAUAAACGUAGAAAGCCUC